GUGAGUGUACAACAGCCAAGAAAAUGAUUGUUUUUCUUAUUGUUAUCUCAUCAAACAUACGUGUAACAACCUGCAGCGAAUCAUCAAAACUGGUAGUUGGACAGGUUGGGGAUACAGUUACUCUUCCCUGCAAAUAUGACAUUAUCACUAAUGGCCCAUUGAACAUUUGCUGGGGGAGACAUCAGUCAUGGUUCAGCUGUGAGAACACUGUUAUCUCCUCCGAUGGCUUGCAAGUGACCUACAGAGAGUCACGUAGAUUCAGCUUGGCCAGUGGACUGCAGCGAGGGGAUGUUUCACUUACCAUAAAGGCUGCUCAAAAGAGGGACGCUAGGAUGUACGUGUGCCGUAUCGAGAUCCCUGGACUUUUCAAUGACAUUAGUUACAAUGUCUAUCUGUUUAUUAGCAAUGGACUGGAUCCAAAGAGAGUCAUCUCAGAGACACAACUGGUUCCUGCAACAGCAAAUCAGGAAAAGCAAGUCUACUAUGUAUCAGACCAAACCACACUCAUUACUGAGCUUUAUAUCAUAUCAGAAAAGACAACUGCAGAAGCUACUGACAUCUACAUGGAGGAAGCCGUUGCAGUGGUCCAUAGUGAGGAUACAAUGGAAACAUUUGUCAUAAAUACUGUAAGAGUGGGGGCCAUUGUCUUCAUCCCGGGUUUAAUCAUUGCACUUCUAUUCAGACUGCGCUCCAGAGAAUACACCAGCUGCAUGAGAAUAUAAAAUCUAACAGCCUUCCCGGCCCAACAACCACACAAA